UGGGACUCUCUCUGGCGCGAGAGUCUCUCUGGCGGCAGAAUGACUUGAGCUGAAGUUGUGAACGUACGAAGUUCCAUCGAUUCUUUUCACGAGUUUACUCACCUGGACGACACACGAGCACACAGGUGAGAAGCUCGGCUAAUGGAUGAAGAUGAAGAUGAUGUCUUCGGGAAGGCUCUACAGCGCUGGCCUUCUUCCCACCGACUUAUAAAGAUAAAACAGACAGAGAGGGGUCCUCAGACAGUGGGGCGUCCCCCCGCACCGCCCAACGGCAUGCUUCCCUGUCGGAUGCAUGAGGAGCGCAGAAGCCUUCUUUACGGUAAUGCAGGCCUGCUGUUGCUCGGUCCACCCGCCCGCUCGCCGCCUUUAGACAUCGCGUUACGGGAAAACCUGCAGCCGAUGGAUCCGCCCGCACCGCGGCCCCCGCAGAGCAUCGAGACUCUCAUCGGUCAGAAGCUCCAGCUGAUCGGAGACCAGUUCUAUCAGGAACAUAUGAUGCAUCACAGAAACCAAAGGGUCCAGCAGCCGUUGUGGUUACGUGCGGCUUUGGCGAUUCACGCGCUGUUGUUCAGGAGAGAGGGGGGCGGCAGGAGGGACGACCGCCGGUGAUAACGCCACCCAUGUCCCGGUCUCACCACGGACAGCACUGGUUCAUAUUUAACACGGGUAUUGAGGGAAAGGACAAAGAAAAACAAAGACAACGUCUCCGCAGGACGGGGACAGUUUUUUAAACCACGUUAUUUUCCCUACGAAGAUGCCAUGUUGUUCUUGAGAUUGGAACAGGAAUAUUUUCAUAAGAAACGUGUUGAGGUAUUGUGUACAGCACGCUGUUCUUGUUCGUUUUUCGAUUGCACUUCCAUACACGUAUGUUUCGAGUGACCUCCGCCGGUCUUGGGAGGAGCCUUAAUGCCCCGCCCCCUCUUCUGAAGCAGGAGGUGGGCGGGGCUUUCCAUUCAGAAAUCUCCCAUGGCGUCAAUCAACUUACGACAAAUCUCCAAAGAGGCCGUUUCUCAGAAUGAAGCUUUUUGCACCUCGUUUUCAUCUUGUUUUUACUCAUUUUUUUUUUUACUUGUUUUGAAUGUCAGUGUCUGGGUGAUUUUUGUGUUCGUCGAGCAUCAUGGAGUUAGUGAUGGAUUCAUGUUUGCCCUCUUUUCAUUUCAUCGCUUUUAUUUGAAGUCUUGCCAUACAGCUAGUAAAUGUCUUCAGAUGUUACUGGACUGUUUUCAGUGAGACUAUGACAGCUCUGUUGUUUGCUCUUGAUAAUGAUAGUGCUGUCCGACUGCUGAGCUGAUCCGGUGUCGUCUCAAAGGAAACCAAUGGCUUAAACAUAUUGAGCUUGUCAAAACGUUUCAAUUCAGCCAAAAUGAAAACUCUUUUGCCGUUUAUUCACCCUCUUGUGAUUUGUGCAGAACACAAAAGAAAAUAUUUUGAAGAAUGUUGAUACCCAUUGACUUCCAUUACAUGAACACAAAACCACUGAGACAUUUCUCAAAAUAUCUUCUUUCGUGUGCACCAAACAGAUUAAGAACCACACAAGAGAGAAUAAAUGAUGACAGAAUUUUAUUUUGGAGUGAACUGUCCCUUUAAAAUACAGACAUUUUUGCAAAAUACAAGACAUGUUGGAGCAUAAUUUUUUUUCUGGUCUCACUCAGGUACUUAAAUCCAAAAAUGAAAAUCAUUAUAAACCUGUGUUCAUAUGUUUUAGCGCUACCUGAAUACCAGGUGGUGUUAACAGUAACAUACCGCAUAUAUUCAGUGCACUUCAGCAUUAGAAAUCCUCCGAUAUUACGGUCAUGGACACUUUUAUCAUUUCUGUCUUUUUCUAUCAUGUUAAACUUAUAAUCACGGCGUCUGCGAGCAAUACUGUGUAAUUCUGAAGUGACUGCGUUAUUUCACUCUCAGGACGGAUUUUUAAACGUGCGUUUGUACUUUUAUACUGUCAGGUGAUUCUUUUUUAAAUAUGACCACUAUUUUUUCUGCAGUUUUAAUAAGAAGACACUGACGCUGUUCUCGAUGCUGUUUCGCUGUAGAUGUCUUUCCUGUUGUCUUUUGUUUAUUUUGAAGGAGUGAUGCGUGUUUUUAGAUUCAUGUUUGAUGAAUCAUGUAAGGAUUUUAUUCAGAGAUACCAGAGAGGUUUUUUAUUCAGAAAUGAAAGAUGUUUUUAGUCUUGGGCAGAAUGAAGACUGUUCUUAUUCUUUUGGAGACAUUCAUGCUGAUAUCAAAGACGUGUCAAAUCAAGUCGUUAAAAUAUACUUUUACAGAAAAUAACAAAGCCAGUUCUUUUAUCAUUAAAACCGUUUGCAUUUUGAGAAUUUACCGUAUACAUUUCUAUAAACAAAACAAAAAAUACUGAAUAUUAUUAUCUUUAUUUAAAGCAUCAUUUUUUGUUUUUGAUUCUUCAUGAUUUUGGGUGAAAUAGUACCUGGGCGUUUCUUCAUUCAUAUAGCUUUGUUCUUUCCACACAUCUGUAGCUCAUUGGUACAGCGGUGCGGUACAUCAGCGUCUGUCUGUCAGGAUUGUGGAGGCGGAGGUCAUCUCUGUAAACAUGUCAAAUGUUGAGAUGAGAUGAACGUUUGAUUCCUGCGGUUUGAGAACACUGAGCCAGUGCCUGUAUGACUCUCUGCCUCCUGAUCUUUACACAAUCCUUCCACAUAUUUCAUAUUCCUUUCUUAUUUAUUUGAUUUCUUUUUUUUGUAUAUCGGCCUGUUGCUACUGUACACAUUUGUGCAAUUCUGUUCUUUAUGGAUGUCUUGAUACUGGUGUUGUGUUUCUCUCAUGUUGAUGGUGUUACUGGAAGUUCAGACGGAUGUGUGACGUAUCUCAACAUCCGUUCAGCUUUUCUUCUGUUCGUCUCGGUUUCUCCCGGAUCAAAGUGCCAACAGAUGAAUUCAGCAUAAAAGCAAGGGUCUUGUCACCCCUCACAUUUCUUUACUGUAAAUCUAUGAAUGUUUACUUGAGUUUGUGUAUUUCUUCAUCACCUUAGUUAAUUUUUUUGGUCCUAAAAACAUAAUUCAUUGUAUUAAAUAAAACCGCUUUAUUUCAUUUGGGGGAUCUGGAUAUGUUCAUCAUAUCAAAUAUUAACGGUGACUUGGUCUUCUGUCUGGGUUUUGUGUUUAUUAAACUGUUUAUUAUCUAAAGACCCGAGUUAAGAAAACAAAGUUUGUUAACUGGAGAUUUUGAAGACACAUGUGGUCGCUCAUGUCUACUGUGUUAUUGUGGGUGACGUACAUUAUGAAGUGAUUUAUCUCUGUGAUUAUUUCCUUUUCUUUCCUUUUUUAAUACAUGCACUGGAAAGUUGUUUGUGUUUGAUCUAAUCUGAAGGCUUCUUUUACCCCGUCUCGCUUUUUGAAGUUCUUCAGAAUUCAGGAAUGCAUUUUAUUCUGUUUUAUUUUAUUUGGCAUCCUACAAUGUAUUUGAUCCACACUGCCGCGCCCAGUAUUACUCAAAUGUGUGACCUGAGCAGACGUCCAUGUGCGCUGGAACCAGCAGUGUCUUUAAAUGCUCAUAGUUUUGUGGCUUUUUUGAAGGCAGAUGUUUGAACUCAUUACAUAAAAAAAAUUCUGAAUGUUAUCAUGUGUGAAAUCAAGGGCUUUUAAAAAUCAAAUGUGACGCAUUCUUUUGUCAAAAUGGGUAAACAUGAUCCUCUUCGUCAUGGCCUAUAUAACAUCAACACAAAACAACAGAGUUAUCCUCUUUACAUCCCUUCAGAAAUGCAGUUUUUGCGAGGAAAACGUCCGUCAGUUGUCACACGACUCACACGUUGACUGGAGAGCGAGAGAUGAGACCCAGCGCAGAUGUAGCAUUUUUUAGUAAACAUUGACUGUACUGUGCACUCCUCACGCUCCUGUCGUUUCUCUUUUUCAUUUUUAAUAUGUUAGAGAUUUGUUAAAUAGUGCAAUAUGCUGUACAUAAGAGCUUUGCUCUGCAAUGCUUUUCUGAAAUGUUCUUUUGUUUUACUGGUACACUUUUUUCAAUAAAUCAUACUAAAGUUUAAA